GAUAAACAUCCCGCAGACCGAAUAACAGCCGUUAGAAAAUCACAUUUGUAAACCUAAGGAAAUUUUCUGUUUUUACUGUAAUAUCUCCACCUAGUGUACACACUGUGAAAGAAUAAAAGAGGUCACGUGGAAAGUGAAACCACGACCCAGCGUCUCGGGUUGCUAAGCGCUACUGUGCGCAGGAAUCUGGAUUCAGACAAGCAAUGUUCGCAAAUCAGUGUCUCACGAAGAGACCAAACGUGCAAAUGUGUAAAUAAAGCACAAUCUAAUGCGUUAAAAAACGGAUAUUGGCUGAACGCCCGAAAAACAGGAAGCUGCACAGCAUCCAUGGCGCGUUCUCUGAUUUCCAGCCGCAAACCGAAGUACCGUAAUGAUGAAGACGAGAAGGACGCUCAGGCUAGUCUGGCGGCGUUGACGGCGCAAAGGAAUGCUCACGUUUUCUUUGAGAGGUACGACAGGAGUGAGAUCCAGGAAUUGCUGAGCCUCACAACUUGUAAUUGGUUGCUAUGCAGUGACAAUUUCAACAUACCGGUGGAUUUUCCUCCUGGAAUUAUAAAACAAAUGAGGAAUUUCGCACAAUCAAACGUGCUUAUUCUUACCCCCGCCGACCCCCGAGUAACCCUCGAUUACAAAGUGGUCCAGCAAAUUGUGAGGGAGCUCACUGUUGGGAUAUACUGCUUCAACCAGCUUCCGUUUAUCAGCCUUGAACCCAACUUUGACAAGAGUACGUCCUGUCAGCUGACACCAGCUUAUUAUGAUACAAAAGUCGGACAGAUAUUGAUAAACAUAGACUACGUCAUGAAAGGCCUGUGGCACGGCGCCGUCAUGCCAGCAGAUAAUCGCGUGCGCUUCUCUGAACUGUGGCGAUCCAGCAUGGAUGUCGAUGCUAAUGGCGUACCUCAGACUCAAAAGGACGUGUUCUCUGAGUUUCUCACGGCAGGUUUGGUGGAUAUUUCCCAGGAGCCAUGUUACCAUGGCAUUUACAACCAGGAUGCUGACGCAGACCCAACCUAUGAGCCUAACAGUCCCGACGAAGAAAAGCUCUUCUCCCAGUACUCGGAGGACAUCGUUAUGAAGCUGGCUUCCUGCGUGUCGUCCUGCCAGCAGCACGAGAACCUGUUUGUGUUCGGGAGCUCCUACGGCGUAGCCAGCGCCGUGCGGGUCCCCCGUGACAGGCUGGAGCUGCCCGCCUACCAGAGGCUCCAGCAGCGGCUGGCGCUUCAGGAGAAGCUCGUGAGAGAGUGCCUGGAGAGGAAGGCCGAGACCUGCCAGAGCCUGGCCUACCUCCGGCUCAUCGCUUUCCUCGUGCCCUUCCUGGUCGGGCUGAGGAAAAAAAUGAAGAUACCUGACGUGUCUCUGAUGUUUGAGCCGUUUUCAGAUGAGAAGGUAAAGACCGAACGGGAGUUUCCCCCUCUGCUCCUGGGACCCGAGUUCACCUGUAAACAUUUUCCGCACAAGCAGGACGAGUACUUUCACCUGCACGGUGGAAUCGAGUUUGAUGUUGGGACGCCUCCUCUGGAGGAGGUCUCUGCAGAAAUAAAGGAAGCCCAUGCAGCUCUGCAGAAUCUUGCAGCGGAUCACUUGAUCGACCUGCAGUCCCAGAACGCCGUCUACAGGCAGCAUUUCCCAGUGCCUGUUCGGGAGUACGCUGGGAAAUGCUACAAUGUGAUCGCCAUAGACCUGGAGGCCUUGUACGCAAAGGCCAACAGGAUUCAGUGGUGGGAGGCCAUGAGUUCAGUCAUCAAAGCUCUCAGGGCAAAGAGGUUGCCAUUAACUGACAUUCAGUUGCAUGAACAAUUUAAAAAAAUAUUUGGAUACAAAAAUGCCAUCAAGUGUAAGAGUGGCUUGGAGUUUGGCCUGAAGGCCACUGUGGAGCGCGGCCUGUCCGCGGCGUUCCACUCCCUGUGCCGGAAGAACUCCGCCGCUCACCUGUGCUCCGUGGACGAGCUGGGCUACUCGCUCGCGCACCACGCCGCUGUGCGAAACCACGCCCACAUCCUCUGUCAGCUGGCUGCUGCUGGGGUCAAUGUGGACCAGGCCCACAGCAACAGGUUCACUCGCACAGGAGUCACCCCGCUGCAUCUCGCCGCUCAGUGCGGGUCGCUGGAGGCCCUCAACUGCCUGCUGGCUCUCCAGGCUGACUGCAGGCUGGCGGACCGGAGGGGCUGGAUGGCCGUUCACUUCGCGGCCUACUACGGCCAGGUGGCCUGCCUCCGGGCGCUCUGCAGGACCCACCCGGGCCUGAAGGAGACGCACACCGCCGCGGAGUACCGCACCUCGCCCCUGCUCCUGGCGGUGUCCUCCGGCUCGCUGGAGGCGCUGGACUUCCUGCUCUGCGUGGGGGCGGACUGGAGGGGGAAGGACAGCGAAGGAAACGGUGCCGUCCACCUGGCCGCACUCUACUUCCACACGCGGGUCCUCAAGCACCUCGUCCAGCUGGGCCUGCAAGACCUGCCGGUCUGGGCCCUGCUCGUCGAGAUGCUGGACAGCGAGAAGCAGAAGCGGCGGGAGAUGGCGGUCAGGUGCAUGGAGGUUCUCUGCGUGACAGUGGAGUCGUUCUGGAAGGACAUUAUGAACGCCGGCGGCGUCCCCGCCCUGCUGGGUCUGCUGCGCGGCGAGCAGCGGGUCCUGCAGUGCCCGGCCGCGGCGGUGCUGUGUCACAUGACCCAGAGGGCGGAGCCGUGCGAGGAGCUGGUGCGGUGCGGGGCGGUCCCGGUCCUGCUGACCCUCCUGGAGACCCGCGUUCCAGAGCUCCACUCCCGCUGCGCCGUCAUCCUGGCCGACCUGGCGACCCGCAGCGAGGCCUACCAGGCCCUCAUCGCCCAGCUGGGCGGGGUCGUCCCCGUGGUUCGGCUCCUGAACUCCGACCUGCAGGACGUGCUGGUGAACGCCGUGAGGUGCGUCCGGGCCCUGUGCGUCCGUAGCCCGGGCAACCAGAGCGCAGUGGCCCAGGCCGGAGCGAUACCGCCGCUUGUGGAGUUCCUGACCCUCAAAUCAGAGGUGCUGCAGGAGGAGGCGUGCUCGGCGCUGGCGGAGCUGGCGCUGGGGCACCGGGGGAACCAGGACGCGGUGUGCGCGGCGGGCGCCGUGGGGCCGCUGGUGCGCAUCCUGCGCGGGAGGAGGUUGGCGGCGCAGGUGCGGGCCGCCAGGGCCCUGGAGACCGUCGCCGAGCACAACCCGGCCAUCCAGGCCCGCUUCCUGAAGAAGUCCGCCGCCAAGCACCUGCUCCGCCUCCUGAAGGUGUUCCAGGCGGAGGUGAAGGAGCAGGGUGCGGCUUCUCUCUGGGCGCUGGGGGGCCACGCCCACAAGCAGAAGAGGCUCAUGGCCGAGCACAUCGGCUACCAUUUCAUUCUGGAGUUCCUCCUGUCUUCAUCCGACAAGAUGCAGUACGUGGGUUGCCAGGCGGUGGUAGCUCUCACUCAGGACUGCAGGGCCCAUCAGGACGGCCUGUGUGGGGAGAACGGGGUUCCCCCGCUGGUGCGUCUCCUGCGGGGGUCCCGCACCACUCAGCGCACCCUCCUGUGUGUGCUGCAGGCCCUGAGAACCCUCUGCAUCGGAGUAGCGCACACAAGCAACUCAAACAGUCAGAAGGCCAUCUCCGAGGAGAAUGCCAUGCUCACUCUGAUGGAGUUGCUGAAAUAUCACGAAUCUCUGCAGGUCAAGGUAGAGGUAGUGCAAACCGUGGCCUGUGUUACUCUGGGCAACCAGGAGCUACUGGCUCUGCUCUCAGACCAGAUGAAGUUCAUCUACGCUCACGUCCUGGAGCUCCUGCAAGCACAAGACAAGACUGUCUGCCUGGAAGCCGGAUACGCUCUGUCUCUGUUUGCGUACAACAACAGAGCACAGCAGGCCCUCAUACUGCAGUCUGGAGGCGUCUCCAUAGCGACGUAUGAGCCCUUCCUGCAGUCGGAGAGCGAGGCGGAGAGAGCUAAGGCUGCAUUUCAGAUCGUCGUACUUGCCAACGUCAUCACGGACAUGGACCAAGUGGCUCUGUCGGCAAGAGGGGUCACAGUUCUGGUGAAGCUGCUUCAGUCGAGCCACCCCGACACUGUCACACUGACAGCGCAGCUCCUUGCUAGCCUAGCGCACACGCGGGCAGGUAUAUCUGAUGGCAUCAUUACCAUGGGAGCUGUGGACCACCUGUGCGCGCACCUGUUUUCAGAAGAGGAAGAGGUUCGGGUAUCGGCCGCUUGUGCGCUGGGUUACCUCUCCUUCAACCGCAAGGCCCACCGCUUGCUGCUGGUCAAAUGUCGGAACGCCCCCGCCACCUACGACCUCUUGACCGAGCAUCUCAUCGAAGACGCCAAGAUAUCGAAAGUCUUCACUGCUGACUUCAGACGACAGAAGCUGGUGGGGCUUCCCUCUCUGAGUUUGGAAGUAAAUGGCGGCCCACCUGUCCCUCAACACAAUCAAGGUGCUCGCUGUGCGACCAGCGUCGGCGUCCGGGUGGCGCCUUUUGAAAAGCGGCGUUUGCGGUCGCAGUCGGCCCCGGCGCGCGGGGCCAGGGGCAGGAUCGCCACCGCCAGCCCCGCCGUGCGGCUGAAGGAGCCGUCACCGGGGGCAUUACCGUCAGAGAAGGGGCACUACUGACCCCCCCAGAGCAGUUAUGGGGGCAUUACCAUCAGGGAAGGGGCACUACUGACUUCCCCAGAGCAGUUAUGGGGGCAUUACCAUCAGAGAAGGGGCACUACUGACCCCCCCAGAGCAGUUAUGGGGGCAUUACCAUCAGGGAAGGGGCACUACUGACCCCCCCAGAGCAGUUAUGGGGGCAUUACCAUCAGGGAAGGGGCACUACUGACCCCCCCAGAGCAGUUAUGGGGGCAUUACCAUCAGGGAAGGGGCACUACUGACCCCCCCAGAGCAGUUAUGGGGGCAUUACCAUCAGAGAAGGGGCACUACUGACCCCCCCAGAGCAGUUAUGGGGGCAUUACCGUCAGGGAAAGGGCACUACUGACCCCCCCAGAGCAGUUAUGGGGGCAUUACCAUCAGGGAAGGGGCACUACUGACCCCCCCAGAGCAGUUAUGGGGGCAUUACCAUCAGGGAAGGGGCACUACUGACCCCCCCAGAGCA